UACGGCAGCAGAGUGGCCCCUGCUUCAGUGAGAAGGAGGUGAAGACAAGGUAGAUCCAUGGGAGGACGGGGCCUCCUUCUCCUCCUCCUCCUGGGGGUGGUCUCCCCGGCCCAGGGCUCGUCCUUCCUCUCCAGCCAGCGACACCGGACACGUCUGCAGAGGGAUCGCCAAGCCCGCAACAAUGUCCGACCCAACAUCAUCCUCAUCCUCACUGACGACCAGGACAUCGAACUGGGCUCAAUGCAAGCCAUGAAUAAGACACGGCGUAUCAUGGAGCAGGGAGGCACCCAUUUCUCUAACGCCUUCUCCACCACUCCCAUGUGCUGCCCAUCGCGCUCCUCUAUUCUGACAGGGAAGUACGUUCACAACCACCACACCUUCACCAACAACGAGAACUGUUCCUCACCGUCCUGGCAGGCCCACCAUGAGCCUCACACCUUCGCUGUGUACCUUAACAACUCAGGCUACAGGACGGCCUUCUUUGGGAAGUACCUGAAUGAGUACAACGGCUCGUAUGUGCCCCCUGGCUGGAGGGAGUGGGUAGCGCUGGUGAAGAACUCUCGCUUCUACAACUACACUCUGUGCAGGAACGGCGUGCGGGAGAAGCAUGGCAGCAACUAUCCAAAGGACUAUCUCACAGACAUCAUCACCAAUGACAGCAUCAACUACUUCCGCUCCUCUAAGAGGAUGUACCCCCACCGACCAGUGAUGAUGGUCCUGAGCCACGCUGCCCCACAUGGGCCAGAGGACUCAGCACCACAGUACAGCACUGCCUUCCCCAACGCCUCACAGCACAUAACCCCGAGCUAUAACUAUGCUCCUAACCCAGACAAGCACUGGAUCCUGCGCUACACAGGCCCCAUGAAACCUGUCCACAUGCAGUUCACCAACAUGCUGCAGCGCCGGAGGAUGCAGACCCUGCUGUCUGUGGACGACUGUGUGGACAAGGUGUACAACAUGCUGGUGGAGACAGGUGAGUUGGACAACACCUACAUUGUUUACACAUCAGACCACGGCUACCACAUUGGUCAGUACGGCCUGGUCAAGGGCAAGUCCAUGCCCUACGAGUUUGACAUCCGGGUGCCCUUCUACAUUCGAGGACCCAACGUGGAGGCAGGAGCCAUUAACCCUCAUGUGGUGCUGAACAUUGACCUGGCUCCCACACUGUUGGACAUGGCCGGAGCCGAUGUUCCCUCUGAUAUGGACGGCAAGUCCAUCCUCAAACUCCUGGACACAGACAAACCUGUCAACAGGUUCCAGGUGAACAAGAAGGGGAAGAUGUGGAGGGACUCCUUCCUGGUAGAGCGAGGGAAGCUGCUCCACAAGAAGGCUGAUGGGAAGGAGGUGGCCCAGGAGGAGAAUUUCCUCCCCAAGUACCAGCGGGUCAAAGACCUGUGUCAGAGGGCAGAGUACCAGAGCUCCUGUGAACAGCCAGGACAGAAGUGGCAGUGUCUGGAGGACCCGUCUGGUAAGUUGAGACUGUAUAAGUGUAAGGGCAUGGCCAGUCUCUAUGCCCCACGUAUGCAGGCUCUGAUGGCCAGCAGUGGGUCCCAGCAGUGGGUUGGACACGUCUCCAAUGCUGGAGACAGCUGUGACUGUGGCCCCCUAGGCCUCAAAAUUACACCCCUGAAGAGGAAGAGACUGCCUACCAAGAAAAAGGUAAAGUCCACUAAGAGUCUGACUAGGAACCGUUGGGCCCGGUCCAUUCCCUUUGAGCUGGAUGGAGACCUUUAUGCUGUGGACCUGGAAGAGGGCUACAGGCCCGUGGGCCUCCGGAAUACCAGCAGGCCUGGGGAGAGGAGGAGAGGAUCGGUCCUGCAGGAGGACGACGAUGAGGAGUUCAGUGGAAUGGGAGUUACAGCCAGACCUACAACCAGCAACAGCCUUACACCACCUGCCGCUCUUAAAGUCACCUACAGGUGCUCCAUCCUGAUGAAUGACACAGUCAGGUGUGAUGGAGGACUCUACAAAUCCCUCCAGGCCUGGAAAGACCAUAAGCUCCACAUCGAGCACGAGAUUGAAACCCUGCAGACGAAAAUAAAGAACUUGCGUGAGGUCAAAGGUCACCUGAAGAAGGUUCGGCCUGAAGAGUGCCAGUGUAACACCCCCAGUUACCUGUCCAAGAACAAAGGGAUGUUCAGACUCGAUGCAGGCCGCAUUCACUCACUCAACAAAAUGCCCUCUAAGCAGAAGAAGCAGUGGCUGAUGAAGGAGCAGAAACGUAGGAAGAAACUCCGUAAACUGCUCAAGAGGCUCCGCAACAACGACACCUGCAGCAUGCCUGGUCUCACCUGCUUCACCCACGACAACCAGCACUGGCAGACUGCCCCCUUCUGGACAAUGGGUCCAUUCUGUGCUUGUACCAGCGCCAACAACAACACUUACUGGUGCCUCAGGACCAUCAACGACACACACAACUUCAUAUUCUGCGAGUUCGCCACAGGUUUCAUAGAGUACUUCGAUCUGAACACUGACCCAUACCAGUUGAUAAAUGGGGUUAGCACCCUGGACCGCACUGCCCUCAACCAGAUGCACCAGCAACUUAUGGAACUGCGGAGCUGCAAAGGCCACAAGCAAUGCAAUCCAGAGACAGGUGGUAAUGACAGAAACUCUUUAAGUGAAUACAGGCCAGUUCAUCGUCGAAAGAGGCCAAAAGUGAAGAAGCCCUCUUCCAAAUCCCUAGGGCAGAUAUGGGAAGGAUGGGUUGGUUAACAACCUGUGUCCCACAACCCACCACAUUGCAGUCUGCCAAUAGAGGAGGACCAGAACUACUGGAGAACCUGAGGACUUUGUACAGACUUCAUGGGAAUGUAAUCUGAUCUACCAUUAUUGUGGAAGUUCAUGGAGGACGAUGCUGAUCCAACAUUAGCUGCCACUGAUGCUCAGAUCAUCACCCAGCAAAGCAAAUACUGAAACAUCCAAGAAAAUGAAAAAUAUAACCUCUCCUGUCUUCUCUCUUUCUCUCUCACACACACACACACACUCAUUCACUCGCACAGGAAUGUCCUCACCUCUCAUCUCACCAGUUGUCAGGACCGCCAAACUGAGUUGGAGACUGAUCAGUUGAGUGGGGAUACACUUCGAACCUGUACUUUGACUUCCAACAGCCGCCCUGAGUGAACAGUGAAUGUGAGGUGUGUUUAAUAUUAGUCUCUCGUAACCGCCUUAACAUUGGGUACCGAGAUUAGUUUAAUGUCAAUUCUGCUGCCACAACCUGAAAUGUAUCAUCCCUUAUGGCAUUGUGCCACAUCUGGGUUAAAUCAUCACCCCGUGGGAGUAUAAUGUCAGGCGAUAACAUCAAGUCAAGCUUUCUUCUCACUGCACAGCAUGAAAGGUACUGUCCAGAACACGCUAGUACGCCUGAGGGGUAUGCUACAAAGCAGUAUAAAGGAGUUAGCCGGCUAACUUGCCUGAAUAUUCUGAAAUAACUUAUUACUUUUUAGAAAGAUAAGCUUGACAUAUGUAUGGUCUAAUUGACUUAACCAUAAACACAUAUCUAUGUUUAGCUUUCUUAAUGAACCAGAA